AUGAACAGGCUCAUGGAGGAGAUGCGAGCGGCGGGAAUGACCCCAGGCCAGGGAACGGGCCCAUCUUUCGUCAACCAGGGGUUCUCAUUCAACGACGGCAUGGGACCGACCCCGGGCGCUGGGGUACCGGGCACGGGCAUGGGCCGACCCCCUUCCGCGGGACCCGGCGCGUGGGCCGAGACGCCCGUCAUGGGGGGACCGGGGCCGAUGGGCGCCGGUCCCGGCCCGGGGAUGAUGCACAUGCCCCAAACCGGAAGCGUCGGGCCCAUGGGCGGCGCGCCGAGGAUGUCAAGCGGUCCGCCCCCGUCCGCGUUCCCCCGCCCCCCGUCGUUCAGCACGCCCGGGCCGCCGCACGCCGCCGGGGUCGGGUUCACGCCGGGUCCCUCCUCUGCGCCGACGAUGACGCAUCAACAAUCCGGCGGCGCACCCGUGACACACCCGUCGUCGCACCACCCCACUCCCGGCGCGUCCAACCCGAGCUACGACGUCGUGCACCUCAGCGCGAGGAACGCCAGGCUGGAGGAGAAGCUGUCCAAGGCGCUCGCCAAGAACCGUUCGAUGGCCAAGUACUACGACCAGCUCCUCGCAAAGACGCGCGACGCGCAGGAACGAGAGAUCGAGGACCUGAAGGGGGACCUCAUGCGCGCGCAGGCGGCCGCCGCGGCGUCGGCGGGCGCGAGAGAUUCGCUCCAACAGAUGGCUGCGGAGAGGGACGCUUUGUCGUCAGAGGUGGCGUCGCUUCGUCAACAACUCGCGAGCUUGAAGGGCUUGAAGGGAGGCGCGGACGCCGACGAGGUCAAGAGGGAUCUCGACGACGCCAGGUCGAAGCUGGCGCGUGCGGACGGGGAGGUGGCGUCGCUGCGGGCGCAGCUCGCGACGGCGCAGGCAAGUUUGUCGUCCGUCGGACAUGUCGCUGGACCGCGUGGGUCGAGCACGGUGUCGGAAUCCGCGUCCGGAUCGAUCCGUCCAGAGUCGGCCAAUCCCGGAGCCGCGAGCACGACGCUCGCGCAGAUGCAGCGGAUGCUCGACGCCGCGCGGGAGGAGCGCAACCACGAGCGCAGGCAGGCGGCUGCGAGGGACGCGGAGAUGGCGAGGCAGCUCAACGACAUAAAGGAACAGGCGCUCGAUCGCAUUCGCGAGUCGUCGUCGGCGGCGAAGGAGGUUGCCGCGCUGAAGGAGAGGGUCCACGCCGCGGAGCACGAACGGGACAGGCUACGGGACCGAAUGGAGGAGAUGGAAGGGGACGUGAGCGACCACAGGGAGCUCCGCCGUCGGAUGCAGCUGGCGGAGGAACGGGCGAGCGGGCUUCAGAAGAAGGCUGACAGGUGCGAGCUCGCCGAGGCCAAGCUGAGAGCCGCCGAGGCCAACGCGCAGAACCUGCAGGAAGAACGCUCGCAAGCGCACAAGCGGCUGCAGGAGAUGACGGAAAAGCUGCUGCACGUCACCAACGAGAAGGACGUGCUCGUGCGACACUCCGCGCACCAGGUGCACGUCGAGGCUGAGCUCGCCAACGCCAAGCGGGAGCUCGAGCAGGCGCGAAGGUCGGGUUUGGCCGUUCGAGCCGAGCGCAAGGAACACGCGGUGGAGUGGAACGAAGCCGCCGAGAACAUGGGCCGGGUGCUCCGCCACCACAUAUACUCGCACACCCGAUGGGAGAAGGACGCCGGGGGCGAAGUCGCCGGCGCCGCGGAGGCGCACGCCCACGGUCAGAGAUCCGCGGUUCGACUCGUCGCCGCGGCGGAGGCGGAGGCGGCUUCGCUCGCCGGAGAAGCCGUGGACGUUGUUCGAACCACGCGACAGCUGUUACGCGAACACGCCGCCGAGUGCGCGGCGGUUAUCGAAGAGAUUGAACGGGUCCACGCGCAGCGCGCGGACGAGCGCAUCGACGCGGCGCUGUCCAUGCUGAGGGAGGCGGAGGUACGCGCGGAAAAGGCGGAAUCGGACGCGGAGCGAUCGCACGCGGCGUCGAGGCGAGCGAGGGCGGCGGCGGAGCGAGCGGGGGUUUUGCCCUCGGCGCUCGCCGAUCCGCACGAGCGACGCGGUGGGGGUUCGACGAACGACGACGACGGCGUUCGUGGCGUUACCCCUUCGGACGUUCAUCAUCCGGAUGAUGCCGAUCCGGAUGCCGAUCCGGGCGUGAGCUUUGGAAGGGGUUUGGUUCGGAAGGAGGAUUUCGACGACGCCGCCGAGCGAGCCACGCGGAAACUUCGGCGGUGCCAGUUUCAGAUGCUCGGCCUCGCCAUGUGGCGCGUCGCCACGUCGCAGGAGAAGACGGAGGGUCACGAGAUGCUCCACGCGCAGCUCGUGUUGGCCAGGAGGAAGGCGGCGGUUGCGUCGGCGCGUGCGGAGAAUUGGGAGAGAAUAGCGUACAACAAGGGGUCGACUCUUCGGUGGUCGCUCCUGUCCGCGGCGCUGCUGCGUAAGGCGGAGAAGGCCAGGCGGGGAACGAUGGACGACGUGGAGUUUGCGCUGACGCAGAAGACGCUGCAGCUGCAGGUUGCGGUGACGGAGAGGGACGUCGCGAACGAGGCGGCCGCUCGGGCGGAGCGGGAGCUCGCGCACUCGAGGGCGGUGCUGGAGGGCUUGCGAAGGGAACACGACGGGGCGCUGCGGCAGCUGCAGAAGGAGCACGGCCUGCGGGUGGAGAUCUCGGACAUGGUCAAGCGCGACGGGUCGUUGAACCCGGGGGGCGUGGACGUGGACCUGCCCGUGUCGGAGCUUCAGAAGGUUUUGGAGCAACUGGCGGAUGCGGCGGACAGAGCCGGCGAGCUGGCCAAGAUCGCGUCACGGUGGAACGGCCGCGACGACGACGACGACGUUCCGGGGGCUUCGGACGAGGACCACGACGACGAGGGCUCGGACAAGGAGAACGACGGACGACUUACGGGGUCCGCCACAAACGUCCGCGCCUUGAAGAGUCACUUACCGUCGUUGACUCCGGGAGCGGCGCGGCGCGAGCUUGAUCGCGAUUUGGAGGCGUGCCACGACGCGCUCAUGAUCAUGCGCGACGAGGACGACGCGGACGCCCGCGCCGAACGCGUCGCGACGCAGUCCAUGGGCGCGGUGCCGCACGAGCCGAGAGGAUCCUUCGAAAAGUCGACGCGGGCGGUCAAGAGGCACGCGCUCGAGGUCAAGGCGGAGCUCCUCGCCGCGCUGGUGGACGGCGCGGAGAACGCGAGGGCGCGCGAGCGGCUGCAAAGUCAGUGCGACGCCCUGGAGCGAAGGCUGGCGGACACCGGCGAGCACCUCGCCAGCGUUCGGGGCGCCGCCGUCUCCCGUGCGUUCAAGGGGGCCGCCAUCCGGGCGAGGGAGGCGCAGGUGUCCCACGCGAGGGAGCGGGAGCUGAGAGCCGCGGCGGCCAAGUCCAGGUGGGGCGCCGCGGGAGCCAAGGUGGGCGGGGAGGUGGCCGCAUCCGCCGCGCGUCGCGCGCGUCUCGCCGGGGCGAUGGACGCGGAGCGAACGCGGGCGGCGGCGGCGGCGGCCAACGACGCGGAUGAUUCGACGCUCGCUCGUAACGGUCGUAACGGUCGUAACGGUCGCGCGGUUACGAUCGUCGCGGAAUCCGAGUCGGACGACGACGAAGAUUUUGGCGGGUACAAGCCGCCCCCCGCGCACGCAGCCGCCGCAUCCAAGUUCGACGACCCAAACGACUUUAAGAUCGGCCCCGACGGGUCCAUCGUCGCGCGGGGCGGCGGCGGCGGGAAGGCGGCGGCCGCGGCCGGGGGCGGUUCCUUCUCGGCGGUGAUUCGCGCUCGGAAGGCGGCGGCUCGGGCGGGGGCGUCGUCGCAGAAACGAGCCGAGUCCGCGUGGAGCGGGGGUUUGCGAUCGUCACCGGCGCGCGGCGGCGGCGGCGGCGGCGGCGCUCCUCCCACGUGGGAUUCCACCCCGAUGUCCCCGAAGCCCGAGCCCAAGAGGACGGCGGUGAGUCGCACGGGGCUGAGGGCGGCGAAGAAAAACGACCUUGCGAGCAGGGCGUACGGGUCGACCAAGUCCCGCGGGCGAUGA